AUGCCUCCGAAUCAAAAUACUAUGCCGCCAGAGUUUUAUCUGUUGUUACUCUCUGGUCGCCCCGGCGAUGUAUCGCAUUUGUCAACAGAGCGACGCUAUAACGACGUUGGGCCGCAUCUAUCUGGCCACCCAUUUCUCAAGGACCCUGACCGAUUGAUGAACCUCUUGGACGCUCUUGCUGCUAUUUGCGUCCAUAAAGAAACCAAGGAAGUUUAUUUUGUAUCAUUGGCGAUGGACCCGAAUGCUGUGACCCUGCAUGUUUCUUCCAACGAGAAUGUACCAGCCACCGUUGCCACCCAUCUCUGCAAAAUACGGGGUCAGCUCAAGGAACUCCGAAAAGUUCUAGAUAUUCCACCAAUACCACCUGAUAGCGAAACAUCCCCUGACCCCAAUAAAACCCAGUUGCGCGCCGACCACGAAUUUCAACUUCAGAGGACUAUCUAUGAGUAUUCGUACCGCAAACUCCGCCAGCGCUUUGUCAAAAGGGCACCUGCAAUUCUAGAUAGAUUUGAGACCACCACAAAAAAGUUGCAAGCUAGCCCUGAGGAUGCUGAGCUUCUGCAUCUUACACACUGGUACUUGAAACACAUUCAGGAUCUGCUGCGGAACGACAAACCAACGAAUAGCCUCACUGACUUGAUCCAGACAAUUGAUGAGAUGAGUCGGGCCUGGUGGAAUCAUUUGAAUGCUGCAGGAAAAGAGGAUAUUCUGACCCAGUGGGAUGACCUGCUUUGGGAGUCUGGCCUCACAUUUUGCAUUUAUGAAGCUAUAACUCAUGUCUUACUUUUAGGUGCUGACCAGAACAGGAAAUGGUCUCUGCGGUGCUUGCUUGAGAAGCUUUUUACCCUUCACCACCAUAUUCACACCAUCACACACAUCGCCUGGUCUCACCGACUCUUGCCUUUCCUCCAGGGUCAAUUUACUGUGGUUUCCGUGCCAGCAUCUUGUUGGGACAUAUCCCUCUCAUUCUCCCCACAAAACAUCCUCCCUGUCAUUUUUCCUCAAGGAGAACAGAAGGAGCUACCAGUUUACGAUGAGCUACUGAAACGGCUGAAAGAGAAACUGGAUAAAGAGGAGAUAACAUUGAAGAAAGGGACUAAUCUAUCCAUAAAAGCAGCUGUUCAUGCUGAAUGCACCCUACUUGUGUAUCAUCUCCAACACCCCAUCCCUACUCCAUACCACUAUCUUGGUGGAUCGAAAUUGUCUUGCCAUGGAUGUGCCACCCUUUUCAGCAGUUUCAACCUUGUCGCAGAAUCUUUUCAUUCCCCCCAAUUCUUCACCAAGGGUUGCCACAACAAAAUCUAUCUCCGGUGGGCUUGCCCUUCCCUGCUAUCACCAGAGCAAACAAAACAAUUACAACCUGGCACCCCGUCUCUCGAUGCUGGGGUCAGAAAGGAAAUGAUUGUAGCCUUGAGCCGUGAACUGGCCACAUAUGUAAAUGAGCUGCGCACAUUCACAGAGGGGUCAUCCCGACCGCAGUCAGAUAGCACUGCUGCCUCUGGUGACUCACGCGAGCCUCCAGAAGCCAUAGCAAGAUCGCAAAUGCGAGCGAGGGUGGAAGCUGCCUUUGCCUACAACGGUUAA